AUGACUGCCAACAAAAGUCCAAAGGCUGUGCCUCAUGCAGGAGGGGGUAAAGCUCCACGGAACCCCCCUGACAGGUGCCAGUCUGCAUCUCCUUGUCCGGUUCUGUCUGGUGGCCAGGGUCCCAGCGCACCACCACUCCUUGGUGACGGAAAUAACUAUCAAAGACAAAGCAGGUACCUCAGGACAGACGGACGGUUUUUGGUACGUGCUGGCUGGAACAGCAAGACCGCAAGCUUUGUCAGUGGAUCAUCCCUCACAAACGAUAUUGAGUCACAAUGCCGUCUCACAAAGUCUAAAAGCAUCAGCUGUCUGGACAACCGUCUUUCGAUCUAUAAGCCUCAAACCAAGGAGUAUAGCGAAGGUGAGGACGCCCAGGACCAAAAGGAGAAUCAAGGGAGUGUUCCUCCAGCGGAGGGACUUAAUGGUAGACCCCUGAGUUGGAGUACACUUUCACUUGGGUCUCUCUCGAACCAAAGUCACAAGCGGACCCUUGCUAUCAACAGGCCAGUAACUGGUGUUUUUCCUAGCACAGUUCGCAAAAAGAUCUCAGAAUGGGAGUGCAGGAGGGUCUCUCUGCCUAGGAUGAGCUUGUGUCUGGAUAAAAGGCCAGGACGAGAGCGCAUCGGAGGCAGUGAGGGCUGCCCGAGCUUGCUCUCUUCCCCUUGUAGCGAGAAGACAUUUGACUUCAAGGGGAUUCGCAGGAUGAGCACAGCUUUCUCAGAAUGCUCCUACACCGAGACGGAGGAAGAGGAAGGAGCUUCCGAGAAAGAUGGCUUAGGCCGCUUCCAAAAACGGAUAAGCAAGACCGAGUCAUCUGGCGCAUUUGUACGCUCUCUCUCUGCUCGUAAGGAGACCUCGGCGGUCCUCAACAGGAUACAAAAGAUAGAGCAGGCCUUAAAGGAGAAUCCUAGCCCACCUUCUUCACGUUAUCUGAAUAACUGCUAUGCUUCAGACAAGACGAGACAAAAAUCUUUUGUGAUUGGUGACGACUUUGACAACACAUGCACCAGCAAGCGCAGCAGUGUUUGCUCUGUGGCCACGGAACCAGACACUCUUUUAAUGCCUGAUAAGUUGGCAAAACAUAGGCAAAGGUUCAGUGUGGCUUCAGUCAGAUCUGUGAGUCCGGAUCCGGCCAGCCAACAAACAUCUGCCGGACCUCCUAUCAACCCCUUACCUAAACCCAGGCGAACUUUUGAAUAUGAGGCCAAACGGGAGCAGAAGGUCACAUUGUCAGUGAAUGGACUACCUCUUGCAUGUGAUUCUCCCCCACCCUUGCCCUCGACCCCUGCGCCCAUCAAAAUGCGGACGGUGAAGCUGGUGGGCAGCACCUCCAACCCAGCACAGGACAGAGAGCCAAGUGAAUCGGAGGAUGCUACAAGUCUGCUGUCGUCACACCCCUCUUCGCCCGCAGAGAAUGGCACACUAACCACAGAGAUGCAGAGCCAACCCAAUUCCAAAUGCACUUUAGAGGAAAAUGCCUAUGAGGAUAUUAUAGAGAAGGAGAACCCAUAUGAGGAUGUUGACCUGAAGAGGAGGAGUUUGGUUCGGAAAACUUGUCAUUUGGAGAGCAGCAGAUCUUGGACUGCCAUAGACCGGAAAGAAAAUUCUCCACCUCAGUUGCCGUCCAAACCCAGCAGUCAGUCCCUUCGCCUCAUGAGCACCAACGACCGGAACAGUCACCGGGUGUCACAGUUGUCCAAACGCCACAGUCAUGAUGAAACUCUGUUCCUGCCCCAAAUGGGUGUAUCAACUUCCUCUUGUGGCCUGCUGGAUGAUAGCCUUUGCGGCACUGGCGAUAACCUGACCUCACACAGGCACUGGCGGAUCCCCAAGUUGGUCCAGAGAAUCAACUCCAUCUACUGCAGUAAACGUGGAAAGAAGAGACUUAAAAAGCUGUCCAUGACCAAUCUUGACGCCUCAUCUUUGAGAGAUGACAACAGCGAGAGUGAGAGCGACUCUGAUGACAGGUUCAAAGCUCACACUCAGAGGUUGUUGAAACUGCAAUCCAUCCUUCGACGGGCCCCCAGUUACCGCACGCUGGAGCUGCAGCUAAUUGAAUGGCAGGAGAGAGAACUUUUUGAGUAUUUCGUCGUUGUGUCUUUGAAAAAGAAACAGAGCAAGAACUCCUACUCACCGGAGGUCACUUACCAGUUCCCCAAGCUGGAGAGGCUCACCAAGCAGAUGCGAGAAGCAGAACAGAGGCUCAAAGCUAUUCCUCAGUUCUGUUUCCCCGAUGCAAAAGACUGGAAUCCUGUGUCGGAGUAUUCCAGUGAGACCUUCUCCUUCAUGUUGACCGGAGAAGAUGGCAGCAGGAGGUUCGGCUACUGCAGACGCUUGCUGCCGAGUGGGAAAGGGCCUCGCCUUCCUGAAGUCUACUGUGUCAUCAGCAGGCUCGGCUGUUUUGACUUGUUCUCUACUAUCUUGGAUGAGGUUGAGCGGCGGCGAGGUGUAUCAGCAGCGCUGGUCUAUCCCUUCAUGAGGAGCCUGAUGGAGUCACCCUUUCCUGCACCCGGAAAGCUAAUUAAAGUCAAGACCUUUCUGCCUGGCGCAGGAAAUGAGGUCAUUGAGCUGAGGCGGCCCACCGACUCCAGACUGGAGCAUGUGGACUUUGAUAGUCUGUUUGGGUGCCUCGGUGUUCGCCAGGUUAUUCGGGUCUUUGCCUCAUUGCUGCUGGAGCGCAGGGUCAUCUUUGUGGCUGAUAAACUCAGUAUGCUGUCCAGCUGCAUGCAUGCCGUGGUCGCACUGCUCUACCCUUUCUCCUGGCAACACACCUUCAUCCCUGUGCUGCCUGGGUCCAUGCUGGACAUUGUCUGCUGUCCCACUCCCUUCCUGGUGGGGCUGCUGUCUAGUUCCUUGCCAAAGCUCAAAGAGUUGCCUGUAGAAGAAGCGUUAAUGGUGGACCUCGGAACUGACCGUUUCAUCAGACAGAUGGAUGACGAGGCCUCGCUGUUGCCGCGGAAACUUCAAGCGGCUCUGGAACAAGCGUUGGAACAGAGGAAUGACAUCAUCAAUCAAGACUCAGACAGCGAGUCGGAUGAAGAGUAUAACUCUUUAAACAGUUUGGUGUCAGAGGCCUUUAUUCGCUUCUUCUUGGAAACCAUCGGCCACUACUCGCUGUUCAUCACCCAAAACGAACGUGGCGAGCGCCUCUUUCAAAGGGAAGCUUUCCGCAAGUCGGUGGCGUCCAAGAGUAUUCGACGCUUCCUGGGAGUUUUUAUGGAGUCGCAGAUGUUUGCGGGCUUCGUUCAAGAUCGAGAGCUGAGGAAGACCCGUGCCAAAGGUCUGUUUGAGCAGAGGGUGGAACAGUAUCUGGAAGAGUUGCCAGACACGGAGCAGAGUGGCGUUAACAAGUUCCUCAAAGGCCUUGGAAGCAAAAUGAAGUUUCUCCACAAGAAGAACUGA